AUGGAAACUUCAGCGCCCAAGAGAAGGAGAACCUCACCUCGAACCGCUGUUCAGAUACAGCCCGAGUCGCAAGUAUCACCAAAUGCGCCUCUGUCCGCCGAGACCCCCGAUAGCACCGGGGGCUUAACACGAGCGCUUAGAAAGCAGCUCGAUCUACGGUCCGCGAAACGGGAUGCGGCAUCAGCAGAGGAGAGGGGUCAGAACACCGGAGCCAACGUAGGCGAGGAGGAUAAGGGCCUCCGUUCACCAGCAAGACGACCGAAAGCGAAAAGCGCACUUCCAAGACCCGUACCACGACCACUCCCACCCCCGGCACCCGAGGAGGCUGCCGAAGCAAUCAACCCCUUUGCUCGCCGAGGUCUCCGGCGAUCACCACCCCUCGGCGUGCUCCCCGAGGUUGUAGUUCCCGAACCAGAGCUCCCGCCAACCCCCGAACGACCCGAUCCCGUAGUCAGCACGCCUCCAUCAGGCAUACACAACACCCCGUCUAGAAGACCAAAACGAAGCAAAGCCCUAGCGGAGAGAAUCAAGAGCUCAUCCCCCCUCAAACAGCCCCCCCUUCGACCAGCAGAACCAGGCCAGCUCGACGAUCCCACCCAACAACCGCCCCCAUCCCCCGGCAAAAAGGGCCAGCAAAGCUCCCCUCCAGCACCCCCUGAGCCCACAACCGCCGAACUACGAGGCCUAAGACCCAUCGACCCCGACGCAGACAAGAAGAACCUCCUCAACUCCCUCCACGCAGAACUCGCCUCCCUAGAAAAGGACCUCUCCCUCACCACAGCAGAAAACGAGCGCCUAAGACAAAGUCGUCUUGCCAAAAAGGAAGCCUCCCCACCACCAAACCCAGAAGAAAUCCUCUCCCUCCUCCGGCGGCACGCCCUCCCCCCAGAGAAAGAACCCCUCCCCACCCCAGCAGACGACUGGCUCGCCUCGGCGCUCAACCCUAUCUCCUUCCUCCCGUUCAGCAAGCCUCUUUCUUCUUCUCCUCCCGAACAGGCACCGGAUAACCUGGACAAACCGAUCAUAUCCCACCACCCUCUCCCCAUGUCAGCAGCUGAAUCCCUCCCUUUUCUCCGGGCGUUCACACCAUUAAGUUUUACGUCUCAAAUAUUCCCUUUGCCGUGGGAAGAAGAAGGGAAGCCGCUGGUGCAGCAGCAUUUUAUCACUGUUGCUUCGGCUAAGCCUUGUAGGGGGUUGUUCACUGCGAGGAUUGAGAUGAGUGUUAAUACCAAGACUUUGGGGGUGACGGGGAUUGCGGUGCCGAGGAUGGAUCCGGCUGGGGCCGAGGGGGAGUUGGGGCCGUUUGUGAGGAGGAUUGUUGACGGGCUGGGGGAUGGCGGGGUGGCGAGUAGUGGGUUGGGGAACAAUAUUAGUGUGUUGACUUGGGCGAUGGGGGAGUGGGUGAGGGUGGGGGUGGAGAGGGCCAAGGUUUGGAGGAUUUUGGAGCGGGAGGUGGGGGAUAAGAGGCGGUUGGGGGGGAUGGUGAGGAAGUUGAGGGAGAGGAAGAAGAGGAAUAGGGUAAGGAAGAUGGGGGGCGAGGAGGAGGAGGAGGAGGGGGAGGGGGAGGAGGAAGAGGAGAGGUAUGAUACUGGGGAGCUGCUUCCGUAUAUGGGGAAGACGUGCUUGGAUCUUGAGGUUCCGGUGUUGAAUGGAAAGGGGGAGGGGGAGGGGGAGGUGUCGGGGUUGAGGGUGAUGUGGAAGAUUGAGUUCGACUGGACGGGGGAGGCGAGGAGUGAUAUUGGGGUUUUGGUGGGGAUGCCGGGGAAGUGGCGUAAACAUGACGAAAGGGGGCAAUUGUCUGGGAUACCGAGGCUGUUUGACGAGCUUGUACAGGGAGGUGAAGAUCCUCUUAUCGCUGUACGGACGGUGGUGUCUCUGCUUGCUGGGGAGCAGACAUCAUGAGAGCAGGAGACAGCACCAGAGCUGUGUAGGUUCCAGAAACACACAUGUAUUUAUCAGCAUCUUGUAGCAUGAAAUGAUAGCUCGUGACAUGCCUUAUCUGCGACGC